UGCUAUGUUUGCUCGAAUAUUAUUCGUAUGUAAUUAACACAAUUGUGGAAGAUACAACCAAAAUACGUUAAAUGAUGAUAUUUUGAGUAUUUUAAGAUAGAUACUUUAGGAUGUACUAUCUAUAAACGUUAUUUCAAUAAUACAAAGUGUGUUAAUAUAAUUAAAUUAUAACCUGAAUACCAGUAACGCCGCGUUUACUGACCAGGGAGUUUACUUUGUUAGCUAACCAUCGCCGCCACCAUAAGUGGCUUUAUAAAGAAACACUGAUAUGUAUUGUAACAGACUACCGAGACUACUAGACUGUAUUUUAGUAAUGUGUUAAAUAAAUAAAAAGAAACGACAAUCUAAAGAACUGUAAAAUAUAAUUCUUACCGAUAUAACCUAGAACUAAUAUAUAUUCACACGUGCACAUGGCGCCACAUAUAAAAAUGCAACCGAAAUUACUCAAUGUGAAUAGAACGCGGAAUCAGCCAAAGAAACACAAGAAGAUUACUCUUGUAUUUGAUGAGAACAAGAGACGAGAAUUUCUGAAGGGGUUUCGUAAAAGGAAAUUACAAAGGCAACAGAAAGCUAAAGACGAGUUGCAACAACAAUUAAAAGAAGAACGGAAAAGAAUUAAACAUGAGGCACGAGAACGUUAUAAAAAGCUAUUAUCAAGCCGUGAUAUUCCUGAAAUUCAACAGCUAUUGUCUCAAGAAGAAUAUGAAACAGAAGGACAUACUGUCAGUAUUUUGGAAUUAAAUGUUGCAGAUCUAGCAGAGAAGAAUGCAUUAAUUGGUGAAAAUAAAGGCACUGAUGAAGUGGAAAAUAAUGAGAAAGAAGAGAGUGAUAAAGAUUCUGAAAAUGACGAAGAAAUUGUAGGGAUGCCUUUAAAUGAAAAGAAACAAACUAAAAGUUUGAAAGAAAAUGUAAAAGAGAAGCAAAUUGAUAAUAGAAAAGAUUUAAAGAAAGCAAUAAAAAGAGCUGCAUUGAAACAAGUGAAGAAGAGUAAAGCAUUCCAACAGAAACAGAAAAUGGAACGUCAAAAGAAUAAAAAAGAGAGUAUGAGAAAACGUAAAAGAGUUGAAAAAGCUAAGAAACGUAGUGGGAAAUUAAAAAAAAAGUUAAAUCAUUAAAUCAUCUCACAAAGUUCUUUUUUAAAUAUUGUAAAUAAAUAUAAUUUAUAAUAAACAUUUUUACAAUA